AUGAAUCUGCUGCCGCUCGAAGCGACGACGAACGCAGAACCGAAGACGAAAAAGCCCCGGAAGAACUGCGACAAGAACCCGCUCGACGUCUACGGCCUCGGCGAGCAGGCCAAGUCCGGCCCGGUCUGGGGCGAGGCCAAGGGCCUCGCCGAGGCGCUCGGCCCGGACCCGGCGCUGCGGUCGCGGGCCGACGGCGACAAGGCGAAGCCCGCGGGCCUGCGGAACCUCGGCGCGACGUGCUACCUCGGGUCGCUCGUGCAGGUGCUCUACCACAACGUCGCGUUCCGCGAGCUGCUCUACAAGGCGGAGCCGCGGACGAAGAACGACGACGUCGACGUCGUCGGCGCGCUGCAGCGCAUCUUCGCGGACCUCGAGACGGGCAAGCGGUCGUCCGGCGACGUGACGGUCCUGACGGACCUGCUGGGCCUCGAGGUCGCCGUGCAGCAGGACCCGCAGGAGUUCGGCAAGCUCUUCAUGGCCAAGGUCGAGGAGUGCUGCGGCGCGGGGAGCACGAACUUCAUCGCGGACCUCUUCCGGGGCCGGCAGCGGUACGUGACGACGUGCACGGUCUGCAAGAACGAGUCGACGCGCGACGCGUCCUUCGACGAGCUCGAGGUCGCCAUCGCGGGCCGGCCGAGCGUCCAGGCCUGCGUCACGGCGCACGUCGGCGUCGAGUACCUCGAGGGCGACAACCAGUACCUCUGCGAGAAGUGCGGGCGCAAGGUCGACGCGGAGCGGCGCGUCGUCGUCACGCAGGCGCCGCCCGUGCUCAGCGUCCAGCUCCUGCGCUACGUCUACGACCGCGUGACCUGGGAGAAGAAGAAGCUCCGCGACGCCAUCGAGACGAACGCGAGCAUCGACGUCUCCGAGGGCGACGCGCUCGUGCCCUACGACCUCGCGGCGAUGGUCCUCCACCGCGGCGAGUCCGCGCACGGCGGCCACUACGUGUCCCGGUGCCUCGACUGGCGGCGCGACGCCUGGUUCCAGUUCGACGACGACACGGUG